CAGCGGAAGACUCGUUUUCAUUAUCGGUUGAUAUUAUUUAGAUAAUAAUAAUAAUAAUAAUAAUAAUAAUAAAAUGUAUAUAAUAUUAUAAUUUUUUUUUGUGUGCGCACCGCGUCGUGUUUCGUGAUGCUGCCGCCGUGCGUUUUGUAUACCGUACGCUGUGAUUAGUGAUUAGUGUCUUGUACGUAUGUGUGUGUGUUACUGUGCGCGUGUUAUUACUUAUUUUUAAUUGCCACCGCAUUAUUAAUACGGUCCGGUCGACGAACAACACUACACACGAUAAUAAUAAUUAUUAUAUAAUGCCAUGAUGUACAAUAUUGUAUUGUAAUAUAUUAUAAUAUUAUGUACUUGUACACAAUAUACGUUUAAAAUUAUAAUAGUUUCGACGUUAAUUUCGUACGAUGCAUUGUCGGCGAUACUUGUUUUUAUCUUGCCGCUGUUGUCGUCGUCAAGUUUUUUAAUUUCAUAGUUACGCUCGUCCUUAUAAUAUUCACGUGUUAUGCGUUUGAUUAAAAUGCUAUAGAAUUAUCGUUUCAUCGCCUUCAAAUGGAAUCCAUUGGCCGUUCCACUAUCAUGGGUAGCAACACUAAUACUGCAGUGUCCAUUGCCAAUGCCACCUCGUCGGCCGUAGUUGGACUCUUACUGUCACAAGCUAGGCCUUCAGUGGCGACCAUUACAAGUAAUACAAAAACCAUUGGGCUGUGUCAUGACGGCAAUCAUAGAAUGCCGUUGCAACACUGCGCUAACGGUAGCAACAUCAUACAACAUCACCAAUAUCCUCCGAUACUAGUAGCACCAUCUCCGCCGACAUUGGUACCGCCAUCAUUGAUUCAUUCUACUCAGACUGGUUCAAUGUUACCUGCACCACCUCAGUUAAUGCUAUCAACAGCAACGGUAACAACAUCAGGAGUAAUACCACAAUUUCAACAGCACAAUGGACCUCAUCAAUUAGUUACUGCUGCUACUGCACCAGUGUCCGUUGCGUCUAUAGUCAUGCCCAAUUCAAACGUUACCACUGUUGGUAUGGCGUUGAGUCCCUUUGGUAUAUUACCACACGAACGUGUGGUACCACAUCAUACUCAUCAUCGUCACCAACACAGAAAAUUACCGGGGCCGCCGCCUUCUAAACCUAUUAUGGACACUAGUAACACUAGCGCCGCACAAAUAUUAACCGCACCAGUUAUCAAUUCACAACGUUUUUACAUUGAGCCUACUCAUCUCAGCAACAAAAUUAAACAAUAUGAUGUUCAGCCACAGCCACAGCAUAGAAUUAAAAUUGUCAAUAGCAUCUCAGAUAAAAGUCUGCCAGUGGUAUCCAGUGCGUAUGUUCCCCAACCAUAUGAACAACGUUACCAACCAAGAACUGCACCUCAACAAGUAGGUUAUUUGUCUGUUAUUACUCGUACAGCAGUACCAACGACAAAUGGUGUAAUGAAUGACAUAGCACCAAACAAUAAUUAUUACCAAGCACAGCCUAUACCAUUACAAUCAAAGACUUCUGAUAAUCAUGAAAGACAAUAUUACCAUUUUGAUAGUACAGUUUCGGCUAGUCAAACACCUCAACAGCAAUUAGACAAUAUUUUACUAAUGGGGACUCCAGUUCAACGCGGUGAUCCUAUGCAUAUUGUUAAAAAUUUACAAUCUAUGCAGACUGAUAUUGAUUGUUAUGGUGUUAAAAAAAUGAUUGACCAACAACCUAGAUUAUUGGCUACUGACAACGGUAAGACAAUAGCACCAACAAAUAUGUUAGGUAAUGGUAGUAAAUGUAUAAUAGAGCAUCAGCACCAACAUCUCCAGCAGUUACCUAAAUCUUCUGCGAUUGAUCCAUCAUCGUCUUACAAUGGUCAAUAUUUCAAUAGACGUCAGCCACCACCUGCACAUCUUCAUCAGCAUCAUAAUCAGCCACAUUUACAGCAACAUGUUGUUACUGGUAAUACCAAAAUGUUACCUACACCUACAUCUUUAACUGUUGUUUCUGCUAAUGGAAAUACAUAUUUGGAUGUACAGCAGCAUCAACGCCAUCAUCGUUGGAAUUUGGACCAUCAAAAACCACCCAUUGUAUCAACUUCAUCAUGUUUUACGGGAAACAUUUCCUCUGGGGUAUUUCAUCAGCCACCGCUGCAUCAACACCAUCAUCAACAGUACAACAAUACAGUUCAAACAUUUAAUGUUCAACCACCACCAUCCAACGUUCAUCUUCAACAUCAACAUAUCUCACAGCCAGCACAUCACAAUAAUUUUACUGUGUCAUCAGUAAAUCCAACAUAUUAUAGCCCCACAACUACAAUGGUAUCACCUAUUGUGACUUCUGUCACCACUACCAGCCCAUCAUUAUCAUUGUACAAUCGAACCCAAAGUAAUAAUCAAAGACAACAUACUAACAUUUUUCAAGACUUCACCAAUAAUUUGCAAGGUGAGAGUUAUGUUGUAAACGAUGAUAACAGAACAUCAUCUUUACCAAAUGUUGUGGUCCCAAACAUUGAAGAGGAAUUGAGUCACCUUUGUGAUGACUCCAUUACUACUACAACUACUACUGACACAACUACUACUACUAGGGCUAAACUAUUAAAUAUCACUACUCAAAAACCUUCAUUUAUUGACAGUUAUAUCAAAUUUAUAAAUGGUGGUACAAGCAGUGCGACUGAUAAACCAGAAGAUGAAUGUAAUGAUAAAUCAAAAAAAUUAUUAAUACCACUAGCAUCGUCAUCACCAAAACCUAUAUCUAAGCCUUAUGUACCUUUACCAAAACCAAAGAUUUUACCAAUAGCUGAACAGACAUCAUCUCGUAAUGGUUCUGGUGAAGAUAUUAAGAAAAUAAAUAAUGUUACAACAACAACAGAUGAUGAUCCAAGAUAUUUUCCAUUACCUAAAACCUCAUCAUCAAUAGCCGGUAUAAGUGAAGACAGAAGUGAUGGCAGUAAUGGUGAAAACAGUUGGUUGUCAGCAGAUGACGAACACGAUCAAUGGUGGAUAUCUUCUUCAAAAGCACCAAGCAGUACAGCAGCAACAUCAGUAAUAAAAAAUAAAGUAAAUGUCAUAAGCAAAAAAAAAAAAAAUAAUAGCACCAUGAAAAAAAAACGAACAAACUCUGUCAUACCAACUAAAAAACAAAAAACACAUCAUGUGCAACAGCCUACAAGACAGUUGUCUCAUCGAUUGGCUAAAGAAAAAACUCAACAAUUGCUUAGCCGUUUAAAUGGUGAAUUGGAUCUAGAUGAUAAUGAUGCAUUAUCAGAUACUGAUUCUGAUGUUGAUCCAGCUUGGAUACCAAACAAUGACGAUAAUGAUGCAUCUAAAAGUUCCAACUCAAUCAAUAGUCGUCAUAAAAAGUACUCAAAAGAGCGACGUUCAAAUAUUGGUCAUCCACCAUCAACCUCAUCUAAAAUCAAUAAUAAUAACAAUGAUAAUGAUCAUCCAGAUGAUUCAACAUUAUUUAAGUCUGGUACAUUUGUGGCAUUAAAACGUCAAUUUUUGGAUAAUGGACAUGUGAAUCCACAACAUUUAUGGAGAGUUGACGGAAAAUCAUUGCUACAAAAAUUUACACGAUGUAAUGAAGAUAAUAUGUAUAAGAGUGUGUCAACUUACACUGGUUGGAGUCCAUCACAUUAUAACAUGUACCGUCAAGUUGAUGUCAAAAUUAUUACAACAGAUAAUGGUGAUAAUGUCAUUCCAAAUAAGUUGUCAACUAUUGAAGUUUUGGUACAAUUAUUAUCAAAUAAUGACAACAAACCGAAUCAAAAUAAUGCUAUAGUCAAGACCGUUAGUUCAGCUUAUAACCACAUAUCAAAACUAAAAGUUGAUGCCAUAAAUUCUAGUUUGUCUACAAACUCUUCGGCUUUUGUUGAUGAGCAGAGUGUGAUGCUACGUGCCAAUUUUGAUGUGUAUAUCCAAUCAUUAGCAUCACAAGCGCUGGACUCAAAUUUUCUAGAAGAGAUUUAUCGUGAAAAUGAUGAAUACUUUUUAAGCAAUCUUCGUGCAAUUGAAACAGUCACGCAAACUUGGAAACAAACUAUAGAUUCUACAGUUUUUAAAGACUUAGCAACAGAUUUGUCCAAUGUAGAAAAUAUAUGCUCAAUUAUUGCAAAGUACCCAAACAUGGAAAUUUGUUCAAUAGAUGGAAAAUCAAAGAACAAUAUUAAUUUGCGUUGCUUAGUAUGUGGCUAUCAGGAAUUUAUGGAGAAACAUCAAAUGGAGUUUGUCGAAAUAUCUCUAUCAGGCAUGGAGUACAAUUCUCGGACAUUAAAAAAUAUUGAUUCUAAUAUAACAUUUUCUAAGAUUGUGCCAGUGAAGCGAUUUCAAUGUUGUUCUAGCACUCAGUGCGCAGACAAGUUAACUAUCUUGCAUAGUCUUGAACACCUUAAAUAUUACAUUUACCAAGAAUGCUGCAAACGUGUCGCUGCUGAAAAUGAAAAUAGCUGUAAUGGUUUAACUCAUGACACAACCACUGUUCUAAAUCGAUUGUUAGCUGAUGAUGAAUGGAUCGAGAAAUUGUUUCAUUUGGUAUGUAAUACAUGGGCACAAGCUAAAAUUUUUAUUUCCAAAAGCCAAUCAAAUUGCAGAGCAGUUUCAUCUUAGUAAUUGCAUUGGUAUAAUGUAUAUUUUAGGUAUACGAUAUUUAAAAAAACCAUAAUGGUAAACUAUUGAAAGAACCAUUGUCAUAUCAUAGUACCAACAGCCUUUGUUAAAUGUUUAGUGCCUUUAUCCAUUUUAUUAUUGCCAUUGUUAAAUUUUGUAUCAUACCCAAAUUAUUUCUAAAAGGUUACCUUUGUACUUUUGACAGUUAAAUAUUUUAUUUUUUUACAACAUUAUACAAUUUGUAUUUGUUAUUUGUUUCCAUAAAUAAAUCAUGUGUUGUCAAGAUUUUAAUAAAUAUAUAUAUAUAUACAUAUAUAAUAUUUUUAAA